CGGAAGGCGCGGCGGCCAUGGAGGCGGCGGGCUUACUGUGAGGGUUUCUGCUUCAGGCUUCGCUGCCUGGGCGGCCUCAUGGAGCGGGGCCUCGAGGAGCCGCCCUCCUCAGAGAGGAUGAUGGAGGAGGAGGAGGAGGAGGAGGAGGAGGAAGACGAGGAGGAGGAAGAGGAGGAGGAGGAGGAGGACCUGGAACUCUUUGAAGGCUACGAGAGUUUCCAAGGGUACAACAGCAGCCUGGGCAGCGAGAGCAGCUCCUACCUGGAGGAGUCCAGUGACAACGAGAAUGAGCUGCACGACCGGGAGGCCGGGGAGCUCCCCACGUCGCCCGUGCCGAUGCCCAGCCCCACCGCCACGCGUUCCCAAGAUGGCAGCGGCUCCGAGCCAGCCGUCUGCGAGAUGUGUGGCAUCGUGGGCACGCGGGAGGCCUUCUUCUCCAAGACCAAGCGCUUCUGUAGCGUGUCCUGCUCCAGGAGCUACUCCUCCAACUCCAAGAAAGCCAGCAUCCUGGCCCGGCUGCAGGGGAAGCCGCCCACCAAGAAGGCCAAAGUCCUGCACAAAGCCGCCUGGUCUGCCAAGAUCGGCGCCUUCCUGCACUCGCAGGGCACCGGGCAGCUGGCAGACGGGACCCCGACUGGGCAGGACGCUCUGGUCCUGGGCUUCGACUGGGGCAAAUUCCUGAAGGAGCACAAUUACAAGGCGGCCCCCGUCAGCUGCUUCAAGCACGUGCCGCUCUUCGACCAGUGGGACGACGUGGUGAAGGGCAUGAAGGUGGAGGUCCUGAACAGCGACGCCGUCCUGCCCAGCCGCGUGUACUGGAUCGCCUCCGUCAUGCAGACGGCCGGCUACCGCGUGCUCCUCCGCUACGAGGGCUUCGAGAGCGACUCCAGCCACGACUUCUGGUGCAAUCUGGGCACCGUGGACGUGCACCCCAUCGGCUGGUGCGCCAUCAACAGCAAGAUCCUGGUCCCGCCACAGACCAUUCACGCCAAGUUCACCGACUGGAGGAGCUACCUCAUGAAGCGGCUGGUGGGGGCCAGGACCCUCCCGGUGGACUUCCACAUCAAGAUGGCGGAGAGCAUGAAGUACCCCUUCCGUCAGGGCAUGCGCGUGGAGGUGGUGGACAAGGCGUGCGUGUCCAGGACGCGCAUGGCCGUGGUGGACACGGUGAUCGGGGGGCGGCUGCGGCUGCUCUACGAGGACGGCGACGGCGACGACGACUUCUGGUGCCACAUGUGGAGCCCCCUCAUCCACCCCGUGGGCUGGUCCCGCCGCGUCGGCCACGGCAUCAAGAAGCCGGAGCGGCGAGGGGAAGUGAGCAGCCACCCCACCUUCCGGAAGAUCUACUGCGACGCCGUCUCCUACCUCUUCAAGAAGGUGCGAGCCGUCUACACCGAGGGCGGCUGGUUUGAAGAGGGGAUGAAGCUGGAGGCCAUCGACCCGCUGAACCUGGGCAACAUCUGUGUGGCCACCGUGUGCAAGGUUCUCCUGGACGGCUACCUGAUGAUCUGCAUCGACGGCUCGGCGUCUGCGGACGGCUCGGACUGGUUCUGUUACCACGCCUCGUCCCACGCCAUCUUCCCGGCCACCUUCUGCCAGAAGAACUCCAUCGAGCUGACGCCUCCCAAAGGGUACGACGCCAAGACCUUCGACUGGGCCUCGUACCUCGAGGACACGGAUUCCAGGGCCGCUCCGGCGCGGCUCUUCAACAUGGACUGCCCCAACCACGGCUUCAAGGUGGGCAUGAAGCUGGAGGCCGUGGACCUGAUGGAGCCGCGCCUCAUCUGCGUGGCCACCGUCAAGAGGGUGGUGCAGCGGCUGCUCAGCAUCCACUUCGACGGCUGGGACAGCGAGUACGACCAGUGGGUCGACUGUGAGUCACCCGACAUCUAUGCCGUGGGCUGGUGCGAGCUGAUCGGCUACCAGCUUCAGCCCCCGGUGGCUGCAGGUCUGUCCCCUUGGCGCCGCCACACAGGCUUCUCUUCCAGGGUGGGCCGCGAGGAGUCCACAACCCCCCAGCAGACCAAGGAAGUCAUGAGGAAGAAGAAGAAGCCGUUCGGGAAGAAGAGGAAAAGGAUCACGACCAAGGCCCGCCCAGCAGCCAAGAGAAACCAGCACUGACCGAGCCCCGGGUCCGCAUGAGGCCCAGAGAUUCGAGUAAGAGCCUUGGCCCCCCUGGGGGUGGGGGGGCUCCUGUGGAGGCCCAGGGCACAUCCGGUCCCUUCUACCCCAUCCCCACCUGAAAAGAGGAGUGACGGCGUGGAAGGGCAGGGAAGGCCCCAGCCUGGUCUUGUGCUGGGGAGUCCUGAUGGUACCUUCGAGGCUCACCACCGGCGCCUUGGUAGGGCCUCUCCAACUUCCCCAGUUUCACCUGCUCUAGGGCUGACUCCUCCACAGGCUGAGCCCCACCUCCCUGGCCAGGAGGCCGGAGACAGACUCCAGUGGUGAAGCUGAUGCUCCUGUCAGGGACAGACGCCCCGCCAUCCCCAGCUCCCUGGCCAUCAGGAAGGACCCCCUGGCCGACUCCUGGCCCUGACCUUGGCCGGAGGCAGCCUUUCCCUUCCCUUCGCCCCAGAUCCUGCUCCUCGCCCUGAGGGCCUCCCCUUGGGGGUGCUGGGAUCCCAGGCUGUCGGGGUUUGCUCUUUGUGAUGUGUGUGAGCUCCAGCUCUCCGUGGGAGGCCUGCAUUCUGUCCUCCCCCAGAGCCCCUGGCCUCACGGGGAUUGUGGGAGGCUGCAGAGGGUCCACUGACUGGCCUGCUGAAAUGGGAUCCGAGCUUUUCUGCAGGGGGAGCCCGCAGGGGCCUCGGCAGAGAGGGAGUUGCCCGUCCCCAGCCAGAUGUCUUCUGGCCCCAAGAAGAUUCCCCUCCUUGUUGAGGCUGUGCUAGCCGGGAAUUUACCAGCAUUUUCCCAGAAACAGCCCUGCCAGGCGGCUGCUGUGUGGCUUUCCCCAUUUUCCAGAUGCAUAAAGCAAGGCCUGAGAGGGUGUGGAGCCCCACCUGGGCCAGGCCCUCAUUCCAGUGUGGCCCCCCCAAAGGCCGGAGCUCCCCCAGACCCCACCUCUCCCCCUUGGGUGCGCCACUCAGUUCCAUGACCAAGGUUGAAGAAGGGCUGCUUCGGGCAGGGGAGAUGAAGUGGGACGCCCAGAGCAGACAUGACUGGAAGCCUCGAUGGCUCUGGGGCGGGGAAGGCAGGCACCUCCAUCUGCGGCCCCGUGUAGGCCGGCACUUCCUCCUUCGGCUGAGCCCCAGAGUGCUUUGAGGCCCCUUUCAGAGGGGAGAAGAUCCCUGGCGGGGCCUGGUGGAGCCGACCAGCAACCAUCCACCUCCACUGCAGAUCUCGAAUGAAUUGUGAAACUGAUUAAAGCAAAAUCCUUUUUUAAGA